AUAGGAGGGAGGUGGUAGCACUACGGAAAAGACUGACGCAUUUGGCCUCAUUUACAAAGGUUUUUGAAUUUAUAGCAGCUCUCAGAACCGGCAGAUUUAAUUCAGAUACAUAAUUGGGCCCUUCUGCCUGAUACUCUCGGAGCUGAACGAGAAUCGAUUACCUGGGGACACUUUCUGUUGUGUUCUCUUGGAAAAAAGGAAUGUAAAAAGGUGUAUUGAGGUGCUAUCAGUUCUUAUAUGAUACGUGAUAUGGGCAAUUAUUUAAUUAAGGAUUGAUACAGCUUUGAAUCUGCUUUGUCCAGUAAUUAAGAUGAUUAAAUCCGAAAUUCUGAAAAGUCACUCAUCUAUUCCUCAUUCUGAUGAUGUAAUAAUUGCUUGUGAAGAUGGGUCUUUCCAAAAAACAGGGCAGAAGACAAGGAUUGUAGGUCCUGAAGAAGUAAAACAAUUAGCCCAAAAUCAGGUAUCUGACUUAGUAUCUGACUUCAAGCAACAGAAACUUGAGAAAGAAGCACAAAAGAACUGGGAUCUAUUCUACAAAAGAAACAGCACCAAUUUUUUCAAGGACAGACACUGGACAACAAGAGAGUUUGAAGAAUUAAAAGCCUGUGGUAAAUUUGAAGAUCAAAAAUUGACAAUUCUGGAAGCAGGUUGUGGUGUUGGGAACUGUUUAUUUCCACUUCUAGAAGAAGAUUUGAAUAUGUUUGCUUAUGCUUGUGACUUCUCUCCCCGAGCAGUGGAAUAUGUAAAGCAAAAUCCUCUAUAUGAUGCCAAAAGAUGCAAAGUAUUCCUGUGUGACCUGACCAAAGAUGAUCUUGUGGAAAAUGUACCAUUAGAGUCAGUAGAUGUGAUUAUGUUAAUAUUUGUACUUUCUGCCAUUCAUCCUGAAAAGAUGCAUUUAGUUUUGAACAAUAUUUAUAAGGUAUUAAAACCAGGUAAAUAUGUUCUGUUCAGAGAUUAUGGCCUUCAUGACCAUGCAAUGCUGAGGUUUAAAUCUGCUUGCAAGCUGGGAGAAAACUUCUACGUACGACAAGAUGGAACCAGAUCAUACUUUUUUUCUGAUGAGUUUUUGGCAGAACUUUUCCUGUCUGUGGGAUAUGAAGAAAUAGUUAAUGAAUAUGUGUUUCGAGAAACUCUGAACAAAAAAGAAAAUUUAUGUGUGCCAAGAGUUUUUCUCCAAAGCAAAUUUCGAAAGCCUCAGAAAUAAGUUUUUGCUGAUAAAUUGUUGAACAAUUGAAGUUCAAGGCUACUUUCUUAUGUUAUUCAAUUUAAACCAAGUUUUAUAUCAGGCCUAUGGGACAAAAUAAACCUAGCACUUGCCUCGUCCUCUUCUAUUGAUAAAAUCUUGAAGAUAGCGGAAGACUCUGCUUCUAUUUUAAAUAUAAUUCAAUAAUUUUGGGAUUAAACUACCAGCUUUCAGAUUAUAAUUCAGGAUCACAAAGUUUUCCUUGGCAAGAAUGCUUAUUAUCAAGCAGAUUCCUGAAGUUAUAUAAUAAACUCAUAUAUAAGCA